GAGACACUCAGCACUAUGAAAGGUUCUAUGAUAGUUUUGAGUUUGGCGCUGCUUUUGUGUUUGAGCUUGAGCGAGGCACAGCAGCAGGGUCAGGGUCAGGGUGAGGUGGCUGGUGGUGCUCAGGCGGGCUUCUCCAUGGGUGCAGGCGCUGCUGGUCAAGGAGGUCAAGGAGCGGAUGCAGCAUCUGGUGGUGCUCAAGGUGGCGCCAAUGCCGGCAUGAGCAUUGGCGUUGGCGCUGGAGCUGGCGGCGGCGGCGGCAUGGGACGUUAGCUCGCACUCUCUUGGUCACGUAGCGAGCUUAGCAAAUCGGCAUAACAUAAAACAAAUUAAUUGACAGCCGCUAAGCCCGUUUAAUGCCGUUUUAUGAAAAAA